CCCCCCAAAUUUUAGGGGAGUUUUUGAGGGUUUUCCUCCCAUUUUUUAGGGUUUUUUUGAGGAUUUUUCCCCCAUUUUUUAGGGUUUUUUUGAGGGUCCCAACCCCAUUUUUGGGGAGUUUUUUGAGGGUUUUCCCCCCAAUUUUUGGGGGGGUUUUGAGGGUCCCAACCCCAUUUUUGGGGGGGUUUUUCAGGGUUUUACCCCCCAAUUUUGGGUGAGUUUUGAGGGUUUUCCCCCCAUUUUUGGGAGGGUUUUCCCCCCAUUUUUUAGGGUUUUUUUGACGGUUUUCCUCCCAAAUUUUGGGGGGGUUUUUGAGGGUCCCACCCCCAUUUUUUAUAUAUUUUUGAAGGUUUUUCCCCCAUUUUUGGGGUUUUUUUUGAGGGUUUUUCCCCCUCCAAACCCCGCCCCCCAUUCCCUCAAGCCCCGCCCACCCCACAAGCCCCCCCCAAAGUGGGCGUGGCUUAAACGCUCCCCUCCCCUUUCUCUUUUUUUUACAUUUUUUUCCCCAAAAUCCCCAAAUUUUUUGGGUUUCCCCCCAAACUUCGAACCCGUCGCCUGCGUGACGUCACCCUCACGCGCCACCCCCUCAAGGUCCCCUCCCUCCCCUCAGCGGGGCUGCCCCUUUCUCCGCCUGCUCCCAUCUCCCAUUUUUUCCAUCUUUUUCCCCCAAAACCCCCAAAUUUGGGGUUUUUCCCCUCAAACUUCGAGCCCGUCGCCUCCGUGACGUCACACCCCGUUCAAGACCCCCUUUUCCCCUUCCCCCCCUCCUCGGCCUGCCCCUUUCUCCACCUGCUCCCAUCUCCCAUUUUUUUUUCAUUUUAUCCCCAAAAAACUCCCAAAUUUGGUUUUUUCCCCCCAAAAUUCCAGCCCGUGACGUCACAUCCACGCGCCGCCUGCGUGACGCCACAUUUACUCGCCUCCCCCUCAAGGCCCCCUCUCCCUCCCCUCAGCGGGGCUGCCCCGCUCACCGCCUGCUCCCAUCUCCCAUUUUUUUUUCAUUUUAUCCCAAAACUCCCAAAUUUGGGUGUUUUCCCCCCAAACUUCGAACCGGUCGCCUGCGUGACGUCACAUUCACGCGCCUCCCCCUCAAGGCCCCCCUCCCCUCAGCGGGGCUGCCCCGUUCACCGCCUGUUCCCAUCCCCCAUUUUUUUUUCCAUUUCUCCCCCAAACCCCCAAAUUUGGGUUUUUCCCCCCAAACUUCGAGCCCGUGACGUCACACCCACGCGCCGCCUGCGUGACGUCACAUCCACUCGCCUCCCCCUCAAGGCCCCCCUCCCUCCCCUCAGCGGGGCUGCCCCGCUCACCGCCUGCUCCCAUCCCCCCUUUUUUUCCAUUUUUCCCCAAAUUUGGGUUUUUUCCCCCCAAAAUGCGCGGGUGGGGUCGGUGCCCGCUGGUGGAGGACACUUUCACCCGGCUGUGCUCUCAGAGCAGCGUGUACGGCCUGGCCGCGCUGCAGGGCCGGGUCGGGGCGGGUUUGGGGGCCGAGCCCGCCGCGGGUUUUGGGCUCAGUUCGGGCGUUUUUGGGUUCAAUUCGGGCGGUUUUGGGGCCGCCGCGUGGGGGGCGCUGCUGGCGGCGCCGCUCAAGGGGAAGGUUCUGCUCUUCAGGUACCUCCCCGUGGCAGCGCCCACCCUCAGCCCGCACGCCAGGGAGCUGCAGUUCACCUACAUACCCGUGGACGCCGAGAUCGUGUCCAUCGACUCGUUCUCCAAAUCCCCCCCCCAGAGGGGGCUCGUGGUGGGCAUCACCUUCAUCAAGGACUCCGGGGAGAAGCCGAGCCCGUUCCUGAACAUUUACUGCGAUUACGAACCCGGCUGCGAAUUCGACCUCGACUGCGUCGCACAGAGCUGCCUGAACCUGGAGCUUCGCUUCACCCCCUUCCACCUCUGCCACGCCCAGGUCCAGGUGGGGGAGCACCAGGAGACCGUGUUCCUGCUCAGUGGGAAUGACCCUGCUAUCCAUCUUUACAGGGAGAAUUCCUCGUCUCACCAGUUAGAGGAGCAGCCGAUCCAGUUGCUCUUCCCGGAGCUCCAGCACGUCCCCAGCAAUGUUUUAUGGCUGGAUGUGCAGCCCCUGCCCGGUUCCCGUCACCGCCUCUCUGCCCUCGGCUGCCACAGCGGCUUCGUGCGCGUCGCCCGCGUCCAGGAGGACUCCAGAGCCAUCCUGCAGAGCUGGAGCCUCCAGCAGGACGGGCCCAUCUCGUCCGUGCUGCUCUUCCCGCUGCCCCCGGAGCCUGAAAGUGGUCCCGAGGGUUCCUGGAGCCUCCUGGUGAGCAGCGCCCUCGAGGCCGCCGUCGUCUACAGGAAUAUCCUGAUCCAAGGCCUGGAUUCCCCGUUUUCCCUGCCCGGCAGCUGCGGCUCCGACAGCGUCGUUUGCGCCCGCGUGGCCGACGUCGACCUGGACGGGACCCCCGAGAUCCUGCUGGGAACCUACGGACAGGAGCUGCUGUGCUACAAAUACUCGGGGGGGGAGGGGCGGGAGUUCCUCCCCCUCUGGUCCCGCCGCUUCCCCUCCCCCCUCCUGGCCCUGCGGCCCCUCGACCUCACCGGGGACGGGCUGAGCGAGCUCGCCGUCGUCUGCCUCAGGGGGCUGCACAUCCUGCAGCACAGCCUGGAGCCGACGGCGCGGCUGCUCCUGGAGCGGCUCCGGAGGGAGGUGAAGAGGAGGAAGGAGCUGGGGGAGGAAAAGGAAAAGGAAAAAAAGGAAGAGGAAAAAAAGGAAGAGAAAAAGGAAAAAGAAAAGGAAAAAAAAGAAAAGGAAAAGGAGAAAAAGGAAGAGGAAAAAAAGGAAAAAGAAAAGGAAAAAAAGGAAGAGGAAAAAAAGGAAAAGGAAGAGGAAAAGGAAAAGGAAAAAAGGGGGGGAGGGGAAGGAGAAAAGGGAGUGGGAACCCCCCCGACCCCUCCCCCAAAUCCUCCCAAUCCCAAUAAAUGACCU